GACGUCACAGUCACCACGCUGGUUUUGGGGACGAGUUAUAAUUUUGCAUAUGGCCGGAAAUCCGUAGGACGAUCUGCAGAUUUUAACCAUUCCCGUUUGUUGUUAAUCAUUCCCUUUCACCUCGACCGGCCGUUCACCCCCGAAACGCUGCACACAUGGACCAGGAAAACAUUUUCCUUUUCGUGCCCAACCUGAUCGGCUACUCUCGGAUCCUCUUCGCUUUCAUCUCGUUCUACUUCAUGCCCACCUGCCCCCUGCUCGCCUCCGUCUUCUACCUGCUGAGCGGAUUCCUCGAUGCCUUCGACGGGCACGCUGCGCGCCUCCUCAACCAAGGGACCCAGUUCGGGGCAAUGCUGGACAUGUUGACUGACCGCUGUGCCACCAUGUGCCUGCUGGUCAACCUGUCUCUGCUCUACCCACAAUACACCAUCCUCUUCCAACUCAGCAUGACCGUCGACGUGGCAAGCCACUGGAUACACCUGCACAGCUCCAUGAUGAGAGGCAGCUCCAGUCACAAGAGCAUCGACCUGUCAGGAAACCCACUGCUGAGACUCUACUACACCUCCCGGCCCGUGCUGUUUGUGAUGUGUGCCGGAAACGAGCUCUUCUACUGCAUGCUGUACCUGCUCAACUUCUAUGAGGGGCCAACAGUGGGAUUGCUGCCGGCCGGAUUAUUCCGGUGUGUGUUCUGGGUCAGUGUUCCGAUCGCGGUUCUGAAAUUCGGGAUCAGCCUUCUUCACCUGGUCACCGCCUCACGGAACAUCGCCGCCAUCGACACAGCGGAGCGCAAGAAGAAACUGGAUGCUGGGAAGUGAGGCGGGAGAGAGAGAGAUCUUAAACUGACCACAAACGCUUUCAAAUAACCCCUGCAAAUCCCUAAUCGAUUCCUGUCUGGAUCCCACUGGAGUCACCCCUGAAUAUCUUCCUCUGAGUUUUGAAUUCAGCCCCCAGUUGCUUCAAGCGGGUUUAAUUACCCAGAUUCAUAACCAGCGCCUUGGUAAUAAGUGUUUGGAUCAAGGCGUGCAUCAUGGGAUAGCAAGAGCAGAAGAUAUUCAUGGGCGAUUUCUGUGGGGCUGAUGAAGGAUUUGCAGGGGGUUGUUUGAAAGUGUUGCCAAGUGAUUUUUUUUUAACUUGGCAAAAUAAUCAUUCCCUGAAUCCAGCCACACAGCUCUUGGGUGUGCAGUUUUGAAAGAAGCACAUACACGUGUCACAGUUAUCUUGAUAAGAAAUCUCUGUUUGCAUGAGCCUUGCUUUUCAGCCCUGCACUUGCUUGGUCAACACCCCUCCCCCCUCCAAAGGCUUUCCUUCUGGCAGUAACCAAUCAGCUGGUUGCUUUCCCAGAAGGAAGUGCGAGAGUAGCAGAUUUCCCGGCACAGAAACCAAGAACUUCUUUUGUAAUCUAGCUCAGUACCAGAUAUGGGUUCAAAUGAAAAUAAGUGUUCACUAUAGCUACGUGUUUCUUUCAAAAUUGCACAUUAAAAUUAGAAUUGAAUUGUAACUGCAGUUUGAGAUCAC